UGAUGGCGCUGAAUGAGGAGAGUCAAGAACUGAAUGAAACGGACGAGAAAGAUCAGAAUGCGAAACAGCAUGAUUUCAAAACUGAAGAAAAAUCAAUUAGUUGCUCACAGACUAAAAAGACUUCCUCACAAGCUCAAAAAACACAAACUACAAACCUUAAUUCCAACAUGAGAAUUCACACUGGAGAGAAGCCGUUCACCUGCCCUCAGUGUGGAAAGAAUUUCACGUGGAAAGGAAGCCUUAAGACUCACAUGAGAGUUCACACUGGAGAGAAGCCUUUCACCUGCAAAUUGUGUGGGAAGAGUUUCUCAUUCAAUAACAGUCUUAAGGUUCACAUGAGAACUCACACUGGAGAGAAGCCAUUUGUAUGUGAUCAGUGUGGAAAGAGUUUUACACAGAAAAAAUACCUCACUGUCCACAUGAGAAUUCACACUGGAGAGAAGCCGUUCACCUGCCCUCAGUGUGGAAAGAAUUUCACGUGGAAAGGAAGCCUUAAGACUCACAUGAGAGUUCACACUGGAGAGAAGCCUUUCACCUGCAAAUUGUGUGGGUGGGAAGAGUCAUUCAAUAACAGUCUUAAGGUUCACAUGAGAACUCACACUGGAGAGAAGCCAUUUGUAUGUGAUCAGUGUGGAAAGAGUUUUACACAGAAAAAAUACCUCACUGUCCACAUGAGAAUUCACACUGGAGAGAGUCCUUUCACCUGCCCUCAGUGUGGAAACGGUUUUACAAUGAAAAAAUACCUCACUGUCCACAUGAGAAUUCACACUGGAGAGAAGCCGUUCACCUGCCCUCAGUGUGGGAAGAAUUUCACGUGUAAAGGAAAACUUAAGACUCACAUGAGAGUUCACACUGGAGAGAAGCCUUUCACCUGCAAAUUGUGUGGGAAGAGUUUCUCAUUCAAUAACAGUCUUAAGGUUCACAUGAGAACUCACACUGGAGAGAAGCCAUUUGUAUGUGAUCAGUGUGGAAAGAGUUUUACACAGAAAAACUGCCUUAAUAUCCACAUGAGAAUUCACACUGGAGAGAAGCCUUUCACCUGCAAAUUGUGUGGGAAGAGUUUCUCAUUCAAUAACGGUCUUAAGGUUCACAUGAGAACUCACACUGGAGAGAAGCCAUUUGUAUGUGAUCAGUGUGGAAAGAGUUUUACACAGAAAAACUGCCUUAAUAUCCACAUGAGAAUUCACACUGGAGAGAGACCUUAUACCUGCAAACUGUGCGGGAAGAGUUUCUCAUUAAAUAACGGUCUUAAGGUUCACAUGAUGAAUCACACUGAAAAGAAGCCGUUAAUGUGCCCUCAGUGUGGAAAGAGUUUUACACAGAAACACUGCCUUAAUACCCACAUGAUCAUUCACACUGGAGAGAAACCUUACACCUGCCCUCAGUGUGGAAAGAGUUUCAGGUACAAAGGAAGCCUUAAGAUUCACAUUAGAAUUCACACUGGAGAGAAACCUUUCACCUGCAAACUGUGUGGGAAGAGUUUCUCAUUUAAUAACGGUCUUAAGGUUCACAUGAGAACUCACACUGGAGAGAAGCCAUUUGUAUGUGAUCAGUGUGGAAAGAGUUUUAAGGAGAAUAAACUCCUUAAUGCCCACAUGGGAAUUCACACUGGAGAGAGUCCUUUCAUCUGCGAACUGUGUGGGAAGGGCUUCACACGUAAAGAAAACCUUAAAAACCACAUGAAGAUUCACUCAAGACAGAAAAAUGUUAAUUGUCAUUAGUGCGAAUAGACAGGAAUCACCAUGAGAAUCAUUCAAAUUCUCAUCGGAAAAAAGCCUUUUGUGUGCCAUCACUGUGGAAAGAGUUUCACAAACAAUGCAAACUUUGGGAGUCACACUGGAGAGAGACAUUGCUAGUGUCUUCAGUUUGAGAAGAGUUUGUCAAAGCAGCAUGAAAUGCCAUUUGCGAACUUAUUCUGGGUAAGAAAUUACCGUUUUCCCCAGAAUGACAAGAGGUUUAGAAAAAGGAGCAAUUUCUACAAUCAUCUGUGUAUUCUUUCUCAAAGACAAUUCUGUUGUACUCGGUGUACUAAAUACAUUUUUUGCAUUCACACUUAAAGACACAUAUGUAAAGUCAUGAUACCCUGUUUGUGUUCUUUGUUAAAGCAUAUAAUAAGAAAAAUUGUCUGAUUGA